AUGGAUCCGGCAGAAGUAGAGCAGGUCAAGGCCCGGCUAACUGCGUACCGGACGAUGGGACAUUUCGCCUCCGGCGCGGAGUAUCACGAGAAACUGUCUGAAGCAGCAAGGGCUAUGAAGAGCAUCGCAAUAGAGAUAUGUCUUUUGUACUUGGUUCAAGGACAGUUAAGACUGGCAGCCGCUGCGUGCGAUGCAGCUGGUGGCUCCAUGUUUCUGGACCUCGACUCCGACUCCGGCGACGGCGAUGGCGAUGGCGACGGCGACCAUGUUCCAGCCUCGAUACUCGAUCAAGAGGCAGUUGCAUUCGAGUUGCUACGUGCCUUUGUGUGGAUUGUGCGGUACUCAAAGCUACAUACGGCCUUGAAGAUUGCGCGCAAAGUGAAUGCAAUCUUGAAAUUCGAGUGCCAUCGCACGGCUCUUGAUAACAGGAAUGGGCUGGAUGAUGCAUGGCCAGGAACAAUCCGCUUUUCCGAAUAUCGAGUCUUGAUGGAGCUUUUCUACUGGAAGAUCGUUGUCGUGGCCGCAGACCAAGGACUUCUCGACAUCAAGUCAACCCGAACUGGCGCCGUCAAGGGCAUCUCAGCGCUCCGACAGAAGCUAGAGUCUGAGGCUCGGUGGCGGGAGGCUAGAUCACUGGUCUACUUUGAGUUUGGCUGCGUCGAAGACAAGGCUGACGCGCUGGCGCUCCUCCAACGCUUUGCCUGCGCCCUCGGCUUGGAGGAGUGGCAGGUGGAGAGGGCCAUGACACUUAUUGACAUUGGUCAGCUUCAGAUUCAGUCAAAGGAUGCAUCUAUCAAGGACAUGGGACGUCAAACUCUCCGUGAAGCACAGGAGAUCCUCAUCCGUGUCUCUCACGGCUAUGGAAGCACAGAGAUAGACUUGAUCUUGGUUGACGCAGAUGAACUCGGCAUCAACUGUCUGAUACACAGCAUCACACCCCAGCUCUCUAUCGGGACACACCGCGACGCCGUCGCCAGGGCGAUGCAGCUCCUCGAAGACCAUAUCGAGAGCACCGGCAGCGAGAUCUUGAAGCAACUGUCCCUCAUCCACGCGACUACACAGGCCGGCAUCAAUUCCUCCGAGUACGGCUUCGCCUUGCAGUCGCUAGAGACCUACCUAGUCCGCAGCCUGCCGGAAGAAAUCGGCUUCAACUACCACGCAAAUCUCUACAAGAUGCUGGCUUCGGUCUAUUCGAGCUUUGGAGAGCACGCCAAGGCCGUGGACGCCUCGGAGAGGGCAUUUGAAAUUGCCAAUUCCGGGGUCAACUAUGAGGAAAAGUCGGAUGUCGCAUUCUACCUCAGCCAUCGCUUGUGGUCUGCGUCUCGCGAGGUGCAGCCACAAGGCUCAGAGACAAGAGGGUGGUUCGCGCGCGGCAUUGAUUUAGGGGCAGUCUGGGCCGAGGCGGAUGCCGGCCACGGAUAUAAGCAGGGCGAGAUGCAGAAAAGCAUCCAGAUCGCUCGGUGGAAGUUGUCUCAAGACCCGGAGAACCCAGACACGCGCGACCCGGAAGAAGCGCAACGCUGGGUCGCGCGCGCCAAGGGCCUCGCAUCCGACGGUGAUAUCCAGCUACAGUACCAGAUACUGGAACUCGAGAUCCAGACCCUCUCGCAACAGAAAAAACUCGCCGAAUGUUUCCAGAAAUCACAGGCCUUUCUGCGGAAGCUCACGACGGUAGCAGACGUCCCCAUACUGACGAGGGCCCAGGCCAUGAUCCUCACCUCUAUCCAUGCCGACUCGUACGCCCGGGGAGUCUUCGCCGAAUGGCGGAAAAAAGACAAUGCUUCACUCGACGACAUCAAGCCCAGCCUCCUUCUUCGCGCCAGGGCCCUGGAAUGGAUGUUCCUGGCAGUGCGGCUCUUUAGACAGACUAGCGGCGUCGAGUUAAUCGUCCCGAUCAUUAAUGCUGCUUUCGGCCUCCUCUAUGAUCUUCUGCCUCUGCUUGGGGACCGCGGGGACGUAUUCAUCAGACAGUACCUGGGAGAACUGGAGCAGACGGAGAAGAUCUGCGACGACAUGAGACGGAGCGUCAUCCCCGUUGACGGCGUCAAGUCACUCAUGGCGAAGAGACUAUUGGUAGCGAAGCAGGCAAGCAUCGACUUGUACAGACACGGCGUCUCAGCAUCACUGCGCGUCGGCGACGCCUCCAAAGCCUGGGUAUGGCUGCAAAAGGGCAAGGCGAGGGCCUUCAACGACUCGCUCGGGGCCCAUUCGGUGAUUCCCGAGGCCCUGUUGCGGAGGAUAAACGAGGAUGCCGUCGCCUCGGAGCUGCUCAGGGAGGAGCAGUCCGCUCUGGACUUACUCGGCGAGCCGCAAAUCAACUACGUGCUGGCGGCCCGACGUUUGGCGGAGACAAGGAAGAGAAUGGCUGACAACCCCCUCCUGGCCGAGGCUCUCCGGAUGAAAGACGAGACCCUGCGGAUUGACGAAAACCUUGGGGAUGAGGUGAUGAGGCAGAGACUGCAAGCGAGCAACAUUGGCCCAGAGGAGGUUGCCUUUGUGGAUUGGUACAUCCCUCCAGCUAAACGGGCCGGCAGCAGGAGCGAUACCAUUGUCCUCUUUUGCAGACGGCUGGACGGUACCACCCACACGACCCCUUUGCCCCUAUCGGUGGCCGAGGUGACGAGCUGGCUUCAUCGCGCUUUUGCGUAUCCUGACUUGGCCACCCCGCCACUUGCGCGGAAGACUGGCAAUCGAUUUCUGCAGCAAAUGAGUGGCCUCUUGGAGGGACUGGGCGACUAUACCAAAGCAGGUGAUUUGUUGGUACUGUCACCUUCAGGUUUGCUAAACGGCAUUCCGCUGCACGCUCUCAAGGUCAAGGGAGAGCUGCUGUUACAGCGUAACCUAGUGGUGUAUGCGUCAAGCACGUCAACUCUCUGCCAAUGCCUAUCCAGGGCGUGUUCUCGGCCACCUCGGAGUGAGCAUGCACAGUCGUGCGACUCUUCUUCUCUUCGCGCACAGUACUUUGCCGUCUAUGAGGAGCCCCUGAAGGCCACUGAGCGAAGACUAAUAUUCGAGCAUGUCGACCAUCUUGCCACCAAGAUCCCUGGUGACGUCUCGUGCGGCCCAGAUGCGACCCCGGGGCAGUUUCUCCAGCGGGCGUCGGGCGCGCGAUGGGUCCACUACCAUGGACACGCUCGGUACGACGCGACGGACGUGAUGAAGUCGUCGCUCGUCCUGAGCAACGGAAAUGACGUGUUUUCGCCUGGCAGCGACGAUCAGGACGAGGACGGCAUCGACGAGCUCGACGUGCUGAGGCUCUUUGACGCGGCGCUCCCCGCCGGCGGCGCACACUACACCGUCAUUGCUUGCGACUCGGGGACGCAAAACGUCGGCCCCGGCGACGAGCCUCUAGGCAUCAUCCCCUCCCUCCUGCACGCCGGCGCGACAUCCGUGCUGGGCUGUUUGUGGCCCAUCGACAGCCGCUCCGGUCGGGCGUUCAGCAAGGCGUUUUACGAUGACCUGUCGGGCUGUAGCGGGGGAGAUUCCUCGCUCAAGGGCGACGGAGGCGAGGGUGGCGGCGGCGGCGGUGGUGGUGUGUUCCAAUUAGCCCGGGCGUCUCGAGGCGCUGCGAUGAAGAUGGCUGCGGGCGAGCUCGGCGACGAGUUUAAGCAGCCGUACCACUGGGCUUCAUUCAGCCUGCACGGACUUUGGUAUUUGCCGUGCUGA